ACCAAAUAUGUUAUAGCUAUUAGAUCCAAAAUCAAAGGCUAAAAAAUAAGCCCUAUAGUUACGGUUGAAAUUGAAGCCCGCACAAUAGAAAUUUCCUAACUAUAUAUGUCAUGCAUAUAUAUUUCUGAGUUUCUUCCAACUUCUAUAGGUCUUUCCCUUAUAAUUAAGCUCUUCUUCUCUUAUAAUACAUCACAAACAAUAUUUGCGUAUAGAUAUACAUAUAUAUAUAUAUAGUAGUGAUAUAUAUAUAUAUUAAUUAAGCUUAGGGAAUUAUAUUAAUUAAUAUAUAUAACUAGUUAGAGAAGGAUGUGGAAGAUCAAGUAUGGAAGGGGAGCAGAAGAGGCAUACUUGUUCAGCACAAACAACUUCUUAGGAAGACAAACAUUCGAGUUUGACCCCAACGCAGGCACUGCUGAAGAACAAGCCCAGAUCGAAGAUGCUCGACUCAAUUUUUACACAAACCGCCACAAGGUUAAGCCCUGUAGCGAUCACAUUUGCCGACUCCAGAUGCUAAGAGAAAGAAACUUUAGACAAACUAUUCCCCAAGUGAAAGUCGAGAAUGGUGACAAAAUCAAAUACGAAGUAGCCGAUGCGGCCAUGAGAAGAUCCAUCAACUUCUGGUCAAUUCUUCAGUCACCACAUGGUCAUUGGCCUGCUCAAAAUUCUGGCAUUAUGUACUUCAUCCCUCCACUAGUAUUUUGCAUGUAUAUUACAGGUCAUUUGGACACAGUACUCAAUGAACAUCAUAAGAAAGAAAUGUUAUGGUAUAUGUAUUGUCAUCAAAAUGAAGAUGGUGGAUGGGGAUUGCACAUUGAGGGUCCAAGCAUGAUGAUGUGCACAGUUAUGAACUAUGUGGCCAUGCGUCUUCUUGGAGAAGGGUCAAAUGGUGGCCUUGAUAAUGCAUGCACCAGAGCUCGAAAAUGGAUUCUUGACCAUGGUGGAGCAACUGGAUCUGCCUCUUGGGGAAAGAUAUGGAUGUCUAUACUUGGUGUGUAUGAUUGGGAAGGAUGCAAUCCAAUGCCACCAGAGUUUUGGUUCAACCCAUUCAUUCUUCAUCCUUCGAAGAUGUUAUGCUAUACUCGGUUGACUUAUUUGCCAAUGUCAUAUUUUUAUGGGAGAAAGUACGUUGGCCCAAUCACACCUUUGAUUCAAGCACUAAGAGAAGAAAUCUACAAUGAGCCUUACAAACAAAUCAGGUGGAGCAAAAUGCGACAUCUUUGUGUCGAGACUGAUAACUACUAUCGCCAUAGUAGGCUACAACAUCUAUUAUGGGAUAGUGUCCACUACAUUACUGAGACUUUUAUUGGUCAUUGGCCUUUAAGAAAGAUAAGAGAGAAAUCACUUCAGAAAGUAAUGGAGCACAUUCAUUACGAAGAUGAGAAUAGCCGAUAUAUCACAAUUGGAUGUGUUGAGAAGCCAUUAAUGAUGCUGGCUUGUUGGGUAGAGGAUCCAAAUGGAGAAUAUUUCAAAAAACACAUUCCCAGAAUUGCAGAUUAUUUAUGGGUUGCAGAAGAUGGAAUCACUAUGCAGAGUUUUGGUAGUCAAGCUUGGGAUUGUUGUCUCUCUGUGCAAGCUCUAUUGGCAGCAAAUAUUAGCGAGGAAAUUGGAGAUGUACUAAAGAAAGCACAUGAGUUCUUGAAGCAGUCACAGGUGAGGGAUGAUCCCCCUAACCGUUCAAAGUAUUUUCGACAUAUUUCCAAAGGAGGAUGGACUUUUUCUGAUCGAGAUCAUGGAUGGCAAGUUUCGGAUUGCACUGCAGAAGGUCUCAAGUGUUGCCUAUUAUUGUCAAUGAUGUCCCCUAACAUUGUGGGAAAGCCUAUGAAAGUAGAACACAUGUACGAUUCUGUCAAUAUCAUUCUUUCACUACAGAGUGGAAAUGGUGGUCUAUCAGCUUGGGAACCGGCAGGAGGUCCAAAAAUAUUGGAAUGGCUUAAUCCGGUGGAGUUCAUGGAGGAUCUUAUCGUUGAAUAUGAGUGUGUAGAGUGCACCUCUUCCUCCAUACAAGCAUUAAAUCUAUUUAGGGAGUUAUAUCCAAACCAUAGAAAAAGGGAUAUUGACAAUUUCAUUACCAAAGCUUUGAACUACAUUGAAGAGACACAAAUGGCUGAUGGUUCUUGGUAUGGAGUUUGGGGAAUUUGCUUCUUAUAUGGUACGUGGUUUGCCAUUAGAGCAUUGGAGGCUGGUGGAAAGCACUGCUAUAAUUCUCAAGCUGUUCGUCGAGCGGUUGAUUUUUUACUCAACACACAAAGAGAAGACGGUGGUUGGGCAGAAAGUUACACUUCUUGCACUAAUAAGGUAUAUACUCCCUUAGAAGGAGACCACUCUCAUUUGGUGCACACUUCUUUAGCAUUGAUGAGUUUGAUCCAUGCUAGACAGGCUGAGAGAGACCCAACUCCUAUUCAUCGUGCUGCAAAAUUGUUGAUUAAUUCUCAAUUAGAAGACGGUGAUUUUCCCCAACAGGAACUUAUGGGUGUUUACAUGAAGACUUGCAUGUUGCAUUACGCGGCGUAUAGGAAUAUCUUUCCAAUUUGGGCUAUUGCAGAGUAUCGUAAUUUAGUUUUGUUGCCUUCUAAAUGAAGAACAAAAUAAACUCAACAACUCUAAUAAAUACUUGCUCAUAAGAUAUUGGACCCAAGUAUUAUUGUUUAAAUAUGAAAAUCAAGAUAUAUAUGAUGCAGAAAAUACUACCACAAUGGUCAAUAUGUAAUGGUAAGAUUCCUUGCACUGUUGAACAAUCCAUAUCAAUACCAAACACAGUUAUUUCUCCAA